GAUAAUGUAAUAUUUCUACAGUUAAACAAAUCGCCACGAUGUUUAAACUAAUUGUAAUUACAGUGUUGAUAAGCAUUUUCUAUCCAACGGUAUAUAGCCAAUCAAGAAUUUGUCAAAAACCAUCUAUUACCACUGCUAGUGGCACAGCAGCACCCACAGGGACAAUUUGUCCAGGCGAUUUGAUUUUUCAAGAAAAUUUUGACGGGCCACCCUUCACCAAACGGUGGGAACAUGAAAGGACAUUAGGAGGAGGAGCGAGCAACAAUCAGUUCCAGUUGUAUCACAAUAAUAGAAGCAACAGCUUUGUUAGAGAUGGCAAUUUGCACAUAUGUCCUACUUUGCUCGCUGAUGAUAACGGAGAAGCAUUCCUUUACAAUGGAACAAUUAGUCUUAACGGACCCUACCCGAUUGAACACUGCACUAUUUCUGGAUAUGAUGGCUGCUUGAGAACAGGAAACGAUUCUAUAAUAUUAAAUCCCAUUAAAAGUGCCAGAAUCCAUUCUGCAUAUUCUUUUUCUUUUAAAUAUGGCAGAGUGGAAUCUAGAGUCAAAGUCCCAUUGGGAGACUGGUUAUGGCCAGCUCUGUGGAUGAAACCAAGAAACAACGAGUAUUCAUCCUGGCCUAGUUCUGGUGAAAUAGACAUUUUGGAAAGUAUGGGAAAUAAGGGCUACAUAAAAAACGGGGUAAAUAUUGGAGUACAAGAAGUCGGCAGCACAUUACACUGGGGGCCAUACUCUGCGUUAAAUCGAUACCCAUUAACACAUUACACACUGAACAACGCAGAUGGUUGGAACGCAGACUUCCAUAUAUACGAAAUGAUUUGGAAUACGACAUCUAUAACUUUUUUAAUCGAUCAUGUAGUUUUAGGUAGUGUCUCUCCUCCAGAUGGAGGCUUUUGGGAACUUGGGAAUUUCUCAACUAACACAGCCAAUCCUUGGGCGGCGGGUACCAAGAUGGCACCAUUUGAUCAAGAGUUUUACUUCAUCAUCAAUCUUGCUGUAGGUAGUACCUCAUGGUUCUCCGAUUACGGUGUAAAUGACGGUUACCCAAAGCCUUGGAAAAAUUCAGAUGGUAGAGCCAGUAUGACGAAAUUCUGGAAGGCAAAAGAUUUAUGGUUGCCAACUUGGAAUAUGACGACUGAUGAUAGUCACUUUCAAAUUGAUUAUAUAAGAGUUUACGCGCUAUAAAUUAUUAAAUUAUCUAAAAGUA